AUCUGACUGACGAUUUCAGGCUUCGGCUGCCUGACGUAAACAGACACUCCAGGUGCACCCAGGUUGAAAGGCCACCGUUUUUUAGUUAAUUCACUCAUAUUGGAAUCCUUAUGCGCAUUUGAAAGUUGCAAGAACCCAGUAAGCUACCCUAGACAGACCUGUGGAAAAGGAAAAAGGGCAUUCUUCUCCAACACUGAUCCCCAAGAGUUGGUUGUUCUUGGUCAAGAAAGGAAAUAAAAAAUGAACAGAAAUACAAAAGGGAGAGCAUUGAGGCCUCCAGGCUCUCAAGGACCAGACCUUGAAAAUCAUUUCAUUCUUCGAUUACCUCACGCUCAGUCAGAACUACUGAGGGAUACCAUCCGACAAGGCCAGACAAAUAUUAAAGAUCGACUUGCAAUUCGUGACUUUACUAAUGAUAAGGAUGACAUGCGAAAUGGAAUCAUUACAUUUGAUACAAUCAUGUACAAAGCCAGACUUGUUGAUUUGCCAACCAUCAUGGAAACCUGGAAAACCAUUGAUGGGAAAAGUUUCUACAAAACUGCAGAUGUUUGUCAGAUGCUAAUGGUACGUGAAGAGGAAGAUCCACCCGAAGAGGAAGACCCAAAGAAGAAGCGCCGUGAUCCUCAUAAAGUUGACAAAAAAUACUUAUGGCCUCAUGGGUAUACUCCACCUUUGAAAAAUGUCCGGAAAAGACGAUUUCGUAAAACUCUCAGAAAGAAGAAUCUGGACUUACCAGAGAUUGAAAAAGAGGUCAAGCGUUUAUUGAGAACUGACAAUGAAGCCAGUACUAUACGAUGGGAGGUUGUAAGAGAAGAAGAUGAAAAGAAAAAUAAUCCAGAUACUAAUAUGUCGUCUUCUAAUCUUGAUGAACAACUAUUUGGAGAAGUGUUGAGUUCAUCUGAUGAUGAAGUAGGGGCAACUAUUAACAUUAUAGAUGAAGACGAAGAUUCACGUCUUUCUGUUGAUGACAGCCGUUUCUCAGAAUCUUAUUUGAAUGAAUCAAACACAAGUCCAAAUGGAAAAAAUAAUACAUCGACACCACUAAUAACGGAUUUCUCUGGUAUGUUUCCCAAUGAAGAAGAGGGUUCUUCCUUCUCAUCAAAACCACAAACACCAAUACCUACGAAAGGAGGCAGUAAAGGAAAGGUUAAGCGUACGCCACCUCCUAAAAAGAGUGGCAUGGCACCUGUUGCGCUUGGCCGAUCCCCAGGUGAAGAAGUCCAAUCUUCUGAGGGUAACAAUAAACUUUAUGCCCGAUUAUCAACACUGGAGAAUGAAUUGACUGUCUUGACAACUCAGAGGGCUGCUCAAGAGUCAGAAAUAGCAAAUAUUGAAAAUUUUGCCUUGAAACAACGGUUCCUCUCAAAACUUGGCGACAUUGAAGCUCAAAUAAGGGAGAAAGAGCAGGAGAUCAAUGAGAUAAGGAGUCAACUUCAUGACUAGAGAGUCUGUGAUAUUCUGGAGAGGUUAUAGGACAAUUCUGGUAUGAUUGGAAGGAAGUCAGGAAUCUUAAUAAAAACCAUUUUGAAAUUUGCCCACUAUCAGGGCAAUUCAAAGAGUACAGUAGUAUCAAAAUAUUAUGUUAAUGUGAUUAGUGACUCAGAAUUUAAAAAUGUAUUAGUUUUAUGGUGUUGAGAAAUUUAGUAUUUACUGCAACAUUUCCAGCAGGACGUAUUGUCAGAUAUAAUUCAUAUAUAUAUUGGGACUGGCUUAUGGUUCAUAUGGAGAGAGAAUAUUUUUAUUGUGUACGGUAAUUGUAUUGUAGGGUCUUGUCUUGUUUGUGUAUUUUGGAACAUAACAUUAUACACUUAUUUCCUUGGUUUGAAUUUCUGUUGAGUGUCAUUCUAAUGACCAGUUAUGUAUCUGUUAAAUAUAAUCUUACAUACAGCUUUCAUAUGCUUUAGCAGAGACAUCGUCAGCUAAUACUGUCCUCUAGUGGCCAUUACAUUCUAUGAUGGUAAGAUUAAAAUGUAGGUGGUAAACUUUAAUUGAAAUUUUUUUUUUUCUGAAGUUCGUGUGUUGAUUGGUAAGAUUAAAAUUAAAAUGUAGGUGGUAAACAUUUAUUGAAAAAAUGUUUUUCAGAAAGUUCAUGUGUUAAUUGUCAAAGAUUUGCCUAAUUGGCUUGUUUCUAUUUGAAUUUCUUAGGAAAUGAGACCUGUUGAACUUUAUGCAUGUCAUUAAGUUAUUUUCAUUUUAAACUCUAUUUACUGAAGUAGACUAAAGCUGCUGUGUAUUUUUAAUUGUUAUACUUUUCCAGACAGUAUUCAUUAGCUUCAUAUUUACUUCUCUUGAUACUUAUCUUCAUUCUAAGUUAACCGAGUAAGUUUUUAUAACUGGUUUGUUUACUGAUAUUGAUGCCAUAAGCAAUUAUUUCAGAUUCCCUUCAACUCCUGGUUUUUCAAUAGUUUUAAUCCCUACACACUUAGUCACAAGAAAAAAUAAGGGUCAUGUUGAAAAUUGUUGCAGCACAUUGGCACUAACUGAUUCUCAUUACAUAACUAGCUCACUUUUGAUGUUUCGUAGCUGAGCAGCAGCUUGACAAUUCUGCCAGUUGUUUCAAUCAGGAAUGUUUAUUUUAGUAUUGUUUUUCAUUUACACUUCAUUAAAUUAUAUUUGAAAGUGCUUUUGGACCUUUGUGUUAGUAACUGUUCUCUUUUGGCACUUGAUCACAAAUCUUCAUGUGUUGUCUCUGGAAAGGUAUGGCUACUUUUGAAGAAGGGAAUCAUACCCUUUGUCCAGUAUUGUCAUUAAAAAAUAUAAUUUAAAAGUUUGAACCCCCUGUUAUCCUUGACAGAUGUGAUCAGUCUGAGAGUGCUACUAACAGACAUCAUGCAUCAGUACCUAUUUCCUGUUGAUAUUAGUAACACGCUUUCUGUAAAGCUCAAUUCUGCCACCUUAAGGACAGCAAGAAAAACCGGGAAAUUCCAUACUGUCUUGUCAACAAUUUUCACUCCAGGUAGAAGGGAAAUUCCUUUUUUAUUACUAACAAGCUUUCUGGAAAACUCAAUCUGCCACCUUAAGGACAGCAAGGAAAACUUUUGGAAAUUCCAUACUGUAGUCAAUUUUCACUCCAGUUAGAAGAGAAGUUCCCUUUUAAUUACCAAGAGCUGCAUGGAGCAGGGACACCUUGAAUCCCAGCCAGAGAACAGUACCUGACCAACUUCCAGGCAUCUUUAUUUGCCAUUUUAGACAGGUAGAGGGCAAAUUUUAAAUUCUAAUACACAUCACCUGGAUGGGACAGAUGGGAAGUGAGAAGAGAGAGAUGCAUCCAAUGGGAGCUCAUCUCCAUAACUUUAGAACAUUGUGGUAAGAGAUAAGAGAUUUUUGAGAGGCUGAUCACUCCCAUUGCUGGAAAUGGGUCUCCAUUCUUUGACCCAACUUGUGUACGUACGAGAUAAAUAGAGGCUUUAUUCAGACCAUUAGAGAGAAGGCUUCUGAGAUUAGCUGUUUCAUUUCAAAAGUUUCAUCAGUAUCCUGCAGCCUUUUAAAAAAUGUGGCAGUGUAUUGCCUUUUUAAAAAUUUGGCAGUGUGUCAAGUGCCAAUUGAUCUCAUUGGCAAAGGGAAUCCAGCACAGCAGAUUCAGAAUACAAUCUCCAUCUCUAAUUAAACCAUUAAUUGUCUAUAGUUGUACAGCCCAACUCUUUCCCAGUUUCUGUCACAGAUGAAGUCAACAAGGAACUGAUUUGGUGGCAUGACCAACUGAACAUAAGUUAAGCGGUACCACUAGCCCUUCCAGCACCAGGCCUAGUAGUACCCUCUCUUCAGAUGCUUCAGAAUAUGGAUGGAGGUCACUCUAAAACUUUCAGGCAACAAUACUUUGUUGCAAGAACAGAGAAAAGCACAUCAAUUUCUUAGAACUGACAGCCACUUUGCUAUGUUUUCUGGAGGUUCCUAUUAUGGAAUGAUAGUAGGAGUCAUGACAGACAAGUCUAUUAUGGGUGCAGAUCUGAAGAAUGGUGGACCAAAGUCCUGCAUGCUUGGCAGUAUCCAUCAUCUGAUGUGGCCAGGUGGCACAACAGUGUGGUGGACUAAAUCAGAUAAUCUGGGUAAGGUGGACAAAACACUCACUGCCAUGUCUUAAAGCAGUUAAUUUGAAGUACUUAAGUUGAUUUACAGAACCUGAACAACAAAGUCCCUAUUUACUCCUUUUCCCACCCAGCUUCAGCAAUAUGGUGAAUUGAUAUCUUAUUGCCAUUGAGAAUAUAUGGAGAUGUAGGGAUUUUCACUAUCAAGGCAGAUAGGAAAUGAAAUAA